UGAGUCUGUAUCUCAACUUCAAAGCCCAUAUUAAGAAAACAAAAACGGGCCUGUUUGUGCAGUGAGAGUCCUCUUCUUUCUAACAACCCGAUACCGUCUGGUAAUGGUGUACUCGUGGAUUAAGUAGUUCCGCUUUCGUACCACCAUAACUCAAUAUUCAAUUCGACUGGCUUUUGGCGCGCCACAGGAGUCAAUAUACUUCUUCCUCGCAAUUAUUUACAGUUCAAUAUUCAGUCUAGGGUCAGGAAACGCAGAGUCAAUCGAGAUCAAGUCAGCCAUGGCUCCUGGUAACCUAGGUUGCGUGAUCGUGGCCGUCGAUGGCAGCGAAGAGAGCAUGGGCGCCUUGAGAUGGGCCCUUGACAAUCUCAAGCUCCGCGCCCCUGAUUCCGACUCCGAUUCCGCUUCCGCCAGCGGUUUCUUCGUCAUACUUCAUGUUCAGUCCCCGCCGACCAUCGCCACUGGUCUAAAUCCCGGUGCCAUCCCUUUUGGUGGACCCAGUGAUUUGGAGGUUCCGGCGAUCACUGCCGCAAUCGAGGCGCACCAGAGGCGAAUCACGGAGGUUGUAUUUGAUCACGCUCUCAAGAUUUGCUCCGAGAAGAAUCAGCGGAAUUUGAAAACUGAAGUUGUUAUUGGGGACCCAAAAGAGAAGAUUUGUGAAGCUGUUGAGAAGUUGAAUGCUGAUCUUCUUGUGAUGGGGUCCCGUGCUUUUGGUCCCAUUAAAAGGAUGUUCUUGGGAAGUGUAAGCAACUAUUGCACCAAUCAUGCCCAAAGCCCAGUUAUCAUUGUCAAAGACAAAGACACUGCUGCUUGAUUGAUAGUCAUAAAAAAGGCAUGCAUAGCUUGGGUGCAUACUCCAAAUGGACUAGUUGUUUUAUAAUGGAUGGGUGACCAUACUGCUGUUUGUUGAUUGUGGUUUGUGGAUUAUUUGCUAUGGAAGUAUGUUUCUUGACAGGUUUGAACCAAGAAAGUUUCUGGAUAUUUGGAUAGACAUUCUUCUUUUAAAACUUUUCUUGUUCGUGUUGUAAAUGGAUGUGUAUCAUGUAAUAAUUAUAUUCACAGUAUGUAUUUGCUUAUUUAUUUUUUGAACUUUUGGCUACUGCUUUGUUAUUUUGUUUCACAAAAAUGACUUCGUUUGCCUAUUGAUGGCUUUUUAAUUUCUUUGUUUCAAAUGUUA